AUGAGUUUGACAUACUUCCGCAUCACCCUCCUCCGCUCCGCCAUCGGCCUUCCGCGCCGCUCAACAGACGUCCUCAAGGCUCUCGGCCUCAAAAAGCGUAUGGCCACAGUCUUCCACCCUGUGUCUCCGUCCGUGGCCGGUCAGAUCAUGCGAGUCAAGGAGCUUGUCUCGGUCCAGGAGGUCGACCAGGCUCUCACCAAGCAGCAGGUGCACCUCGAGCGGAAACCUGAUCCCGGCUAUUACGUUGAAAAGAGCAGUGUUCAAGAACGGGGGGAGAUGCUUGGUCAGUAA